AGUAGGAGUAGUCCAGUACGUCCAUCGGAAUCCGAUUCGACCGCGGCCACAGACCAACCCGACAGCAAAUAAUCCGGCCUGUUGUUUCCAAUAAAUACACAGUGCUAGCUAUGGGCUAUGGCAAAACAAAAUCGCAGCCUCUGCUCUGGAAUUCUCAAUAAUCCGAUUACAAUAAUAAUAACUCGAUCGGUGCAGUACUGCAGCCUUCAGCCAUGGGAAACGUCUUCUCCGGGAUCAGCGUGGUGAUCCUCGUCAUCGUAUGCACCUCCCUCUACACCUUCGCCUUCCUCGCCGGCCUCGGCCUCAGCCAGAACUUGGAGAGGACAAGGAAACGCCGCCAUCGCCGGCGGGAUAAACCGGCCACCGGAGAAGACGAAGAAGAUGAUCACGGAUCAUCACGACGACAAGCUCCAGCACCGGCUGCAGAAACCACCGCCGCCGGCGACUACAAGCUCUACUCAUCCGCCAUGAUCUAACACCCUCAUCAUCGCGCCAUCACCACGACGGCGGCGGCGGCGGCGGCGAGAUCAAGACCGGCGGUGACGCAGGUCGGGGCAUGGGGAGGAUGCGGCGGGCGGCCAUUCGACAUGAUCCCGUCCACCAUCCCUCGCCGGUUCAACAGCAUCGCGUUGUUCCACUCCAGUGGCGCCAUCCACUCCAUGGAGAGCAACAACAACAGCAGCGCGUUGUUCCACUUCGACUACUACAUCCAACAACAGCAGCAACAUGGAGGACGUGAUCGCCAUGGUGGUGGACAGCUCAAGCUCAUGAACCAUGGUCCAUGGGGCCAAGCGUCUUCCUACAAUUCCAUAGCCGUCCGUGAUGAGAUCAAGUUGUCGGCGCGUGAACAGGUGACAGCGGUGGAGGGCACGGUUGGGAAUUUCAGGGACGUGGAUGAGCCGGUGAUUACCUCCCUCACCUUCUACACCAACGCCGGCAGGAAAUACGGGCCAUACGGCGGCAACGGCAAGCAAGGGACUCCAUUCUCCAUCCCGGUUGGAAAGGGUUGCAUCGUCGUUGGAUUCUGGGGACGCUGUGGAUGGCUCCUCGAUGCCAUCGGAGUCUAUGUCAGUCCCCAGAGCUAA